UCUUCUUCUUUUCUUAAAUUCUUCAAAAAAGUUUCUUGAAUUUCUCUCAUAGCUGAAGAAAAGCUUUAAAUCUUGAUAAUUAAAGAAAAAUGGGGUUGAUUGAUUCUCCAUCUUCUUCAUCUCCAGUGAAAAUUACAGUUACUUCAUCUCCAACUGGUGGCUGCCAUGGCUUAACUAGUCCGAUUCGGAGACAUUCGCUAUCGACGAAUGCGAAUUCACCUCUCAGUGGAAACGGGUUAAGGGGUUCUUCUGGUGGUAGGUAUCUUUCUAUGUCUAAAGAGAGUACUGAUGAAUUUGUAGCUUAUACAGUUCACAUUCCACCAACCCCAGAUAAUCGUACCGUAGCGGGUUCUCAGAAUAGCCCUGUUGGGAUUGGGAGUAGCAGAAAAAGCUAUGGGUAUGGAAAUCCGAGUGAUGGGUAUAUUAAAGAUACAAUCUUUACUGGGGGUUUCAAUUCUGCGACUAAAGCACAUGUUAGGAAAAGCUCUGAAGAUGAGCCUAUGGUGAUGAAAUGUAAAACAAUGUGUCAAAUGGAAGGUUGUGAUGAGAAAAAAGCUGAGGAGAAGUGUGAAUGUGGAUAUGUAAUUUGCAGAGAGUGUUAUUUGGACUGUGUGGGGAUUGAUGGAGGAUAUUGUCCUGGUUGUAAAGAUUCUUAUAAGGGGAUUAGUGAUGAUGAAAGUGAUGAACCAAGAUCGGAAGCUAAGGAUCAAGCGAAUCCAUUGCCUUCAAGGGGAGGAGGAGGAAGAGGAAGAGGAGGGAGAAUGGAGAAGAAUUUUUCACUUGUGCAGUCAUUCAAGAAUCCAAAUCAAGAUUUUGAUCAUACUAGAUGGCUUUUUGAGACUAAAGGGACUUAUGGUUAUGGGAAUGCUUUGUGGCCUUCUGAUGGUCAUGAAUUUGGGAGAGGUAUUGACAGAUCUGAAAAUCCUCCUGAUUUUAGUGACAGAAGAAAUAGGCCUUUGACAAGGAAAGUUGGAAUCUCAGCUGCAAUUAUCAGUCCAUACAGGUUGCUCAUGGUUCUUCGUCUUGGUGCGUUGGCUUGUUUCUUGACAUGGAGGAUUUCUCAUCCAAAUCAUGAUGCAAUGUGGUUAUGGAUAAUGUCAGUAGUGUGUGAGGUUUGGUUUGCAAUAUCUUGGCUUCUUGAUCAGUUGCCAAAGCUCUGUCCUGUUAAAAGAAUCACUGACCUCUCUGUAUUGAAAGAAAGAUUUGAAAGUUCAGGACCAAACCUCCGGAACCCGAAGGGAUUGUCUGAUUUGCCAGGCAUUGAUGUGUUUGUUUCAACUGCUGAUGCAGAAAAAGAACCACCCCUUGUAACUGCAAACACAAUCCUUUCCAUUCUUGCAGUUGAUUAUCCUGUUGAAAAGGUGGCAUGUUACUUAUCAGACGAUGGAGGUUCCUUAGUGACAUUUGAAGCUCUUGCAGAAGCUGCUAGCUUUGCAAGAAUAUGGGUUCCCUUCUGUAAAAAACAUAACAUUGAACCCAGGAAUCCUGAGUCAUACUUUGGGCAAAAGCGUGAUCCACUGAAAAACAAAGUGAGACUUGACUUUGUUAGGGACAGAAGAAGGGUGAAGAGGGAAUAUGAUGAAUUCAAGGUGAGGAUAAAUGCCUUGCCAGAGUCAAUAAGGCGACGAUCAGAUGCUUAUAACACCCAACAGGAGUUAAGGGCUAAAAAAAAACAGGUUGAACUUGGAGAGGAUCUCUCUGAACCCAUCAAAGUCCCUAAAGCUAUUUGGAUGUCUGAUGGGACUCAUUGGCAUGGUACUUGGUCAUCAGCCGAGGAAGGACAUUCAAGAGGUGAUCAUGAGGGUAUUAUACAGAUCAUGUUGGUUCCUCCAAAUGCAGAGCCACUUUAUGGGAAUGAAGCAGACGAUAAGAACAUGAUUGACACAACAGACGUUGAUGUAAGAUUGCCAAUGCUGGUUUAUGUUUCGAGAGAAAAGCGACCUGGUUUUGAUCACAACAAGAAAGCUGGAGCGAUGAAUGCUUUAGUUCGAGCCAGUGCAAUAAUGUCAAAUGGCGCAUUCAUUCUCAAUCUUGAUUGUGACCAUUACAUCUAUAACUCAUUGGCUAUGAGAGAGGGAAUGUGCUUUAUGCUUGACAAAGGGGGUGACAGGAUCUGUUAUGUUCAGUUCCCUCAGAGGUUUGAGGGUAUUGAUCCAAAUGAUCGAUAUGCAAACCACAAUACAGUUUUCUUUGAUGUUAGCAUGAGAGCACUUGAUGGUUUGCAGGGUCCCAUGUAUGUAGGAACAGGCUGCAUUUUUCGAAGAAUUGCUCUUUAUGGUUUUAGUCCACCAAGAGCAACUGAACACCGUGGAUGGUUUGGUAGCAGGAAGACUAGAAAGCUUUUGAGGAAACCUAAUAUACAAAAGGGUCAAGAGGAUGAUGAGAUGUUCUUGCCAAUGAUUGGGAAUAGAGAUGAUGAGGAGGAAGUAAGCAGAUCUUUGCUUACAAAACAGUUUGGGAACUCCAUUCCAUUGGUUGACUCUAUUGCUGUGGCUGAAUUUGGAGGGAGGCUGCUCCAUGAGUUGCGAGGCAAAGGUUGCCAAGGAAGGCCAGCAGGUUCACUUGCUGUACAUCGCGAGCCAUUAGAUGCUUCAGCACUUGCUGAGGCCGUGGGUGUCAUAAGUUGCUAUUAUGAGGACAAAACUGAAUGGGGCAAAAGAGUAGGAUGGAUAUAUGGCUCGAUAACGGAAGAUGUUGUGACAGGUUACAGGAUGCACAAUAGGGGCUGGAGAUCAAUUUACUGUGUCACAAAAAGAGAUGCAUUUAGAGGGACAGCCCCAAUCAAUCUAACCGAUAGGCUCAUCCAAGUUCUCAGAUGGGCAACAGGUUCAGUCGAAAUCUUUUUCUCUCGCAACAAUGCUCUAUUUGCAAGCCCAAGAAUGAAGUUCCUGCAGAGGGUGGCGUAUUUCAACGUGGGAAUGUAUCCGUUUACUUCCAUCUUCCUACUUGUGUAUUGUCUCUUGCCUGCACUUUCACUCUUCUCAGGAAAAUUCAUUGUCCAAUCCCUCAAUGUCACCUUCUUGGUGUUCUUGCUAGCAAUCACAAUCACCUUAUGCAUGCUUGCACUCCUUGAAAUCAAAUGGUCAGGAAUCACCCUUCAUGAUUGGUGGAGGAAUGAACAAUUCUGGUUAAUUGGUGGAACAAGUGCACAUCCAGCUGCUGUAGUACAAGGACUAUUGAAAGUUAUAGCAGGAGUUGACAUCUCAUUCACAUUGACAUCAAAAUCUGCUGCACCUGAUGAUGGUGAAGACGAAUUUGCAGAGCUAUACGAGUUCCGUUGGACAGUCCUAAUGAUUCCACCAAUAACAAUCAUAUUGAUCAACAUGAUUGCAAUUGCAGUAGGAACAUUCAGGACUGUGUAUAGUCCUUUCCCACAAUGGAGCAAGCUUCUUGGAGGUGUAUUCUUCAGUUUUUGGGUGUUAUCUCAUCUCUAUCCAUUCGCGAAAGGUCUAAUGGGGAAAAGUGGAAAAAUUCCCACCAUUGUCUUCUUAUGGUCUGCUCUCAUCUGCAUUGUCAUCUCGUUGCUUGCGGUUUACAUAUACCCUCCUUCAGGACAUCAAGAUUUCUCAAGUUUUCAGUUCCCUUGAGUUUGUUGCUGUGUGUCUGUCCAUCUCGGCAGCUCAGUUAAAGCUCACACAUUGUUAAAGAAGAGUAUGAAGGUUCUCAACUUCAUCUCACUGUUUAGUACUAUUCUUUAUUUUUCUUCUUUCAGUUGAGAUGUACGUUACAUGUGUAUGUUAUUACAUUGUGAAAGAUUUGUUCACCAAUGGUAUUUGGAAUUUGCAAAAAAGGAUAGGAUUUUUAUUUUACCAUAGUUGGUUGGAUGUGAAGUUAGCCAUAUUUGAGCUUAUUGUAGUUUUAAGGGAAAGUUACUCAUAUA